AAAGGAGAAGCCGCGCUGUGCUCGCGGGGAACCUGGCCAUGUUCUGAGGCAGCUCUCCAGGAUUCGCCGCGGAUCCGGCUAGCUCGGUUCACGGUUAGCCUGAAAAUAUCCUGAAAAUAUCGCCAGCCCUUCGUCCGCUGGGAAGCUUAUGAAUCAUGGCGAGUCCAAGAACAAGGAAAGUUCUUAAGGAAGUCAGAGCACAAGAUGAGAAUAAUGUCUGUUUUGAGUGUGGUGCGUUUAACCCCCAGUGGGUGAGUGUGACCUAUGGAAUUUGGAUCUGUCUCGAGUGCUCUGGAAAACACCGAGGCUUGGGAGUUCACCUCAGUUUUGUACGCUCUGUAACUAUGGACAAAUGGAAGGAUAUUGAGCUGGAGAAAAUGAAGGCUGGAGGUAACAGCAAAUUUCGGGAGUUCUUGGAGUCUCAAGAUGACUAUGAUCCCUGCUGGACAAUGCAAGAGAAGUACAACAGCAAAGCUGCAGCUCUCUUUAGAGAUCAGGUUGCUACAGUAGCUGAAGGCAAGGAGUGGUCCAUUGAAACUUCUCCUGCCAGGAACUGGACGCCACCUCAGCCUAAAACGUCUCUCUCUUCCACUCAUCGUAGUUCUGCUGGACAACCUCAUAACGUAACUGCCUCUUCUGACAAGGCUUUUGAAGACUGGUUAAAUGAUGACGUCAACUCCUAUCAAGGUGGCCAAGAGAAUCGCUACGUAGGGUUUGGAAACACAGUAACCCCUCCAAAAAAAGAGGAUGACUUCCUGAAUAAUGCCAUGUCUUCACUGUACUCUGGAUGGAGCAGUUUUACAACUGGAGCAAGCAAGAUUGCCUCAGCUGCCAAAGAGGGUGCUACCAGAUUUGGAUCUCAAGCAAGUCAAAAGUUUUGGGGCUACAAGCAGCAGCCAGAGCCGGCGUCAGAGUUAGGUCAGACAUUAAAUGAAAAUGUUCUCAAACCUGCACAGGAAAAGGUGAAAGAGGGGAAAAUUUUUGAGGAGGUCACCGUGGGGGUGUCACAGUUGGCCAGCAAGGUUCAGGGAGUUGGGAGUAAGGGAUGGCGAGAUGUCACCACUUUCUUUUCUGGCAAGCCAGAUGAUCAUUCUGAAAGACCAGCUGAGGGAGACAGCUACCAGAACAGUGGAGGGGAGGGCUACCAGAACAAUGCUGUAGAUCAAAGCUUCUGGGAGACCUUUGGCAACUCAGACCCACCGAAAGCUCAUAAAUCUCCAAGCACUGAGAGCUGGACCUAUGUGGACAAUUCCACAGAGAAGAAGAGCUCCGAUAGCUGGGACGUGUGGGGCUCAGGAACAGUCUCCAACAACAAGAACAGUAACAGCGACAGUUGGGAAAACUGGGAGACCAACUGGGAAAACACAGGAGGGGAGAGCAAGACCAAAAAACCUCCUAAGGCCACAAAAAAAGCAUCUUCAGCUGAUGAUGGGUGGGAUAACCAGAACUGGUAGAACUGUUAACCUUGUUUUGCACAGCUAGGAAAGGGAAACUGUGCUGGCUGAUUGAGGGGAGAAAGUUUUACACACAACUGGAGUAUCUUGGUUGACCUUACUGAUUUGUUACUUUUUGUGCUUUCCAUUCAUUCUCCUUUCCUUUUAUCUCAGUUUAGGGGGGGAAAAAAAGUGUCUGAAUCUUUUAUUACAUGAAGAUGGUUCUUCCAGUUUUAAGGGUAGUGAUUAAAUACAUAUUCUCCUUGCACUAUUGAAGCUGGGUACGCUGGCUUUAACAGCAACGUUCAAAAGAAAAAUAAGUGCAAGCACACUUUCAUGCCACAACCUUGCAUGUGUAAGCUCACAGGUAGCCAUCCAGUCUUCAUAUAAUUUGAGAUGACCUGAGGUGUUUAACGCAAACAAAGGACGGGCUGUAUCUUGAAAAGAUAGCCUUUAAAAAAGCAGACUGCAGUUGAAUAGAUCUAGUUCAAAUGCCUUACGGAUUGCUGUGACAGCGUGAGCUCUGGCAAUUCGAAACGGUCGAGAUACUUUUUAUUGCAGCUUUGUUUUUAAACUUUUUGAGAUUUUUAGACUUUACAAGUUAUUUUCGCCCCUUAGAAUUAGUAAGGAGUCUAGAGCUAGAUGAUUAUUCGUGUAAACGCAUCGUUCUGACAGCCUGUCAAGGGAUAUUCAGAAUGGCUGCUCCUUGCCCUGUGCAAACUCUUAACCCUUAAGCAAGACGAGCAGCUCUCCUACACAGAUGUAAUGCAACGGUGUGUGUUCUUCCUUGCCUACACCCUUCCCACAGUUUGAGUAUUUUGUAGGGUCUGUCUUUUCUCCCUUCUACCCGUCUGUUUUAUCUAUUGUGAUAAAAAUGAAAUCUUUCUGCUGCUCAUGGCCUUUCAGACAUCUGUUUGGCAACUUGGCAGUGAAACAACUUUAUUGAAAAAAAUCUAGUAAGGAAAAAAUGCACGGAAAAUAUGAGACCAUUGAGGAGAGAGGCUGGCAGCAAGCCCCCUUCAAGAUGAGUGGAUGUCUGGAUUUAAUAGUAAAGCUUAAUUUAAGCAGAUGUUUUCCAAAUUAAUCUUUAAUAUGUUGAACUGUCUCUCUCUCUGUCAUGUACUUCUCCACGUUUUCUUCCUGGACCUUGUUAAAGAAAUACUAUUUUGGAAACUUCAGAAACUCCUUGUCAGCAUUAAGGGAUGGAAUAGAAGAUGCAGUUGUGUCUCAGUUUUGACCCAGCAAGCUGCUUUGCAUGAUACAAAUCAUAACAUUUACAGAAGAUCUGUGACUCCUUUUAACAAUAAUGGUGUCCUGUGUAUUCCCUUUUAUUUUAGGGGGUGGAUUGUAAAUGUGCACUGCCUGAAAAUAAUCAACUCACUUAAAGUUUAAAUCAUGAUAUCAUUGCAUAGUCUGUAUUGGUAGCGGCAUGGAGUUCUUUACUGUGGGCCUUGUAAAUCUUUGUACCUACCCAAAAAGCCUUUCGUUAAAUUAGUGUAUUGCUCAAGCAACUGAUUGACCCAAGUUGUUGAAAUUACCUCAAAUGAUGUUCCAUUUUUUUCCUUGUUACAGAGGUUUUCAAGCAUAUGAUAAUGUCAGAUAGCAAAAAGUAAUGAUAUUCAGCAGAUAAAAAAAAGCAAGAAGGGGAAAGAGAAGGGGAAUCGUGAAUCACCCCCAAAAGCAGCAGCUAUUAAAGGCUUGCAGUCUGUGUCUGAAGCCUGAUUCUGUAUUUUUAUUGGUAUGAUCCCUCAGAUGGUCAUCAGAAUAUUUUUCUGGUCUUCUCUAGCCCUGUCCUGUUAGGAUUUUUUUUCUUUUCCCCCCUUGCUUCUAUUGAUACGAUGGUCUCUGAAGCUCGUGCAGCGGGACGUGGUGCUGCUCGUGACCCAAGCACCAGUUUAGGCUGAGCCAUGCGAGUUUCCUGAGGCAUCCUUGCUGACAUGCCGACCCUUUGGGAGCAGAAGAGGUGUGAGAGAUCUGUUUACAAUGCAGCUUGUGGUGCCAUUGCAGAAGCUUACAGCCUUGACUAUAACGCAAGGAUUUUGUUCAGCUUUUUCUCCCAUUAUUCCUUUGUUACGGCUGUAUUGCAUGUCAAACGCAACGCAGUAUUUUUAUUAUACCGCUGUUGCCUACUUGCCUGCUGCACAGCACGGACCUGUAAUGCACAUCUGCGAGGCGCUGCUGCGGGUCCUGGCUAUCAGUCCCACUUUGUGAAGUGACAGCAAAAUGCAUCUGAUGGGUUGCGUUGUCUGACUGCUGUCUGGAGUGAUGCGAAGCUGAUUCAGCUUCCUGUGUACAAAUCCGGUGGAGUUUCUCUUCCACAAACCUCCUGAAAUAGCCCGCAGCAGGGCAGGCCUUAUUUCAGCCCAGCAGCGUUUAUUUCGGUCGGCAGUGGUGUGACGUGUUUGCGAUGUCGCAGCUGCGUGGUUUGCCUAGGAGAAAACUGGUUUAUUUAUACAUCACUUGUAGCUAUGAUCGGUAUGAGCCUUUGGUUUGUUCUUCUGGAUUUAUUUCUGUGUUUUUCAGACUUUAUCUUCUGUGUUAAAGUAAAUAGCCAGAGCCCUGCUGAGGUAUUGCUUUGGGCAGUGAUUUUUCUUCCAGUUCAGGAGGCAGUGGCCGAGCAGUUGCCUUCUCUCUUUGCAGUCCUGUAGAGACACGAUGACUUGGUACAGCUCCCAGAAGGGUGCUAGUGGAAGAGACUAAAAACCAAUAUAAUGGCAUAAAGCGUAACUGCAGCCACAAAACCUAUGUACCAAGUGGUUUCAGUUUGAUGGGCGAAUCGGUAUUUUUUUAUGAUUCGUGUGAAUCUGAAUGUUUUAUGAUGUCUUCCAAAGAGGAUGGAAUGAGGGCGUUUUCUGUUACAGAGCCCCUGUUUCACUGGACUUUUUAAUUCUCUUUUCUUCUUGUUUCUGAGUAUGUGGUUCAGAAGCUUCUGCAGUUUGAAGUUGUGUGUGUAUGGAGGGAGCAUUUUUAAUUGGACUUUUUAAUCCCCCCUCCUCUCCCCAGCUGCUUUUUCAAUUCUUUUCUCCUGAUUGUGAGCAUUGUAAACAGGCCCUGGUCACAGCUUGCUGAGGCUGCCUGUCUAACUGAAGAUGUAGCUGUUGAAUCUGAGUGAGUACACGGAUUGGCAAAGCUUUGGUAUGGCUGUGUGCGCUUCACCUUUUUGGUGGGCGAGCAGCUUUGCUUUCCUUCCAAUCCCACACCAUUUAGUAACAGUUCUAGAUUGUCCAAGCGUUUGCCAUGGGGAGAGUGCAGUAGGUGAUACUGAUACUGGAACAAUUGGACAUUGCAAGGUUGGAUUUAAAUUCCCUAAUGUUUCAAACUGGUUUGUUCCUUUGUAUGGCAUCAGCUUUGGAAAAUACAGAGCAGCUGGAUUCCUGCAGGCAGACUGAAAUCAGGGAAACAUCAAGGCAUUCAUGCUACAUGCUGCUUGCAAAGGAGUGAAAGAGUGUUCCCAACCAGGAACUGGGGCUAAUCCUGGGGGUUAGAGAUUAUUUUAAAAUAAUUAAUUGGUGUCUUGGUGCCUCUUAAUAAUCACGAUGUUUUCAAGAUGUGCGUGGCCAACUCUUCCUGGUGGUUUAUACCUCAAGGGUAACGCUGCUGCUUUUAUUUUCCCAGCCAGACUAUGUAACAUUCCAUGGGUUCACAAUGUAUUUAUGAGUGUAAUGAUCUGUGCAAUAACAUAACAAACGUAGGUAUAACAUUUGUUGUUCGCUCCAGGAUGCGUUUAAAGAUACAGUGGUCCUCUUUGAAAAUUGCAGUCAACCAAGGUAUUUCAGUUCUCACCUUGUUUUGGCAAUUUUAAAUUCCGCUAAUGCUGUCAAGGAAAGCUUGAGCCAUCAGUGAUUUAAAGAGAAAUGAAGAAACGUUCAUGAUGCCCAUUAUCAGAGUUUGAUUGUCAUGGUUCCCAGUGAUCUCUAGUCGUCGAGCCCUUUUUCAUUUUCAUGCCAGCAGAAACCUGGUCAGUCUGGAGUGCUGUAUCUUUAAUUUUCCUGAUGUGUUUUAUGUGAAGUUCACAGGAAUGGCAAUUUCAGUGAACACUAUUCAUUGUUCUGUAGAGUGGUACCAGGCUUGUACUGCAGUGUCAUCUUUUAAAGAGCAUUAUAAUAAAGCAAAAAGAUAUGGAGCA